UUUCAAACUCAUUCCGGGGCUGUGCACGCCUCGUCCUCUCCGCCCAGUCUGUUUGUCCUUCUUCUUCUGUGAUUGAGUGAGUAAGUGAUUGACCUGCUUGGCCGACUGUUGCGAGUAUCACGGAUUCCUGAAACUGGAGUUCUAGCGCUUUUUGAAUCUUGCCUUGGAGAUCUAGUUUGGAGUUCUAUUGGAGCUGCGGCAAUGUAGAGCGGGUGUUGUCCGCAUGUUUUAGGUUUUUUUUGACUUGGGAGAGCCGUGGCGACCACAUCCCGUGAUGCUUUUGCUCUGGAUUUCGGUGACCAGGUUGUGAUAUUCUAGGAGUUUCUUGGUGGGUAUGGAAGGACUGGCGCCAUGCUUGCAGUAUCUGGAGCCAUCGGGGGGGUUUUGGAGACGCUAGGGUUUUGUUGAGUUCAUGGAAGGCUGGUGAAUUUUCCCUGAAAAGGCAAGCGGCGGGGAGAUUUAGGAGCGAUGGCGUGCGUGUACAUUCCGGUGCAGAACACUUCCGAAGAGGUUAGGGUAGCGUUAGAGCGUCUGCCAGCAGAUGCAACAGAUAUAUUAGAUAUUCUCAAAGCUGAACAGGCUCCUCUUAAUCUCUGGCUCACCUUCGCUCGUGAGUACUUCAAGCAGGGGAAAGUCGCAGAGUUUUUGCAGAUUUUGGAAGAAGGUUCGAGCCCCGAGAUUGACGAGUACUAUAGCGAUGUCAAGUAUGAUCGUAUUGCAAUUCUGAAUGCUCUGGGAGCAUACUACACAAAUUUGGGGAGAGUGGAGUCAAAGCAAAGGGAGAAGGAUGAACAUUUUAUCCGGGCUACUCAAUAUUACAACAAGGCAUCGAGAAUUGAUCAGGAUGAGGCCUCUACUUGGGUGGGCAAAGGGCAAUUACUUGUGGCGAAGGGCGAGCUUGAACAGGCACAAGAGGUGUUCAAGAUCGUUCUUGAUGGGCAGAGGGACAAUGUGGCAGCAUUGUUAGGUCAAGCGUGUGUACAAUUUAAUAGUGGGCGGUUUCAGGAGGCCCUAAAGUUGUACAAGAAAGCGUUGCAGAUUCAUCCGCAGUGUCCAGCUUCGGUUAGGCUGGGGUUAGGGCUUUGUCGUGCGCGUCUUGGAGAGUUUAAGAAAGCCCAGCAGGCUUUUGAUCGCGUGCUGCAACUUGAUGGGAAUAAUGUUGAAGCUUUGGUUGGGUCUGGAAUUAUAGACCUGAACUCUGGUGAUGAGAACCGGGUUCAAGCAGGUUUGGAAAAGAUGUUGGCAGCUUUUGAGAUUUACCCCUAUUGUUCCAUGGCUUUGAAUCAUUUGGCUUGCCAUUAUUUUUUCUUAGACCAGCAUCCUAUGGUGGAACAGCUCACGGAGGCAGCUUUGGCUGCAACAGACCACGUCCUUAUUAAAGCACAGUCCUAUUACAAUCUCGCACGAUCUUAUCACACUCGAGAGGAUUAUGACAUGGCAGCUCGGUAUUAUAGAGCAUCUACUGCGGAAUUGAAGAAUCCCAAAGACUUCAUUUUACCUUACUACGGAUUAGGGCAGGUGCAUCUGAAACUUGGAGACUGGAAAGCGGCAUUGGCAAGUUUUGAAAAGGUGUUGGAACUUUAUCCAGAUAACUGUGAGACGUUGAAAGCAGUAGGGCACAUUCUAGGGCAUCAAGGGCGGAAAGAGAAAGCCUUGGAGCACUUCAAAAAAGCCACCAGGAUGAAUCCUAAAGAUGUUGAUGCCUGGUUGGAGAUGGGUGAGCUUCUUGUCUCCUCCGACUUUGCAGCUGCACUUGACUCGUUCCAGACGGCUCACACUCUCUUGAAGAGGAGCCAAGAGGUUGUUCCAUUAGCGCUUUUGAACAACAUCGGUGUUCUUCAUUUUGAAAAGGACGAACUGGAGUCUGCAAGGAAAGCAUAUAAACAGGCUCUUGGGGAAGGUAUCUGGACCGAAUACAGUGAAGGCCAUCGUAGCGUGGAUGUGUCUCCCAUUGAAGAUAACGAGCUUUUCCGCAGCUUAGAGGAUAAAGGGAUUUCGCUUGAUAUUCCAGCUGAGAAAGUGACAGUUUUAUUCAACUUAGCGAGACUUCAUGAGCAGCUUCAUGAGACUGGCAAGGCCUCUGUCUUGUACCGACUCAUCCUUUACAAGCACCCUGAGUACGAGGAUGCAUAUCUCCGGCUUGGAGCUUUGUCUUUAGCCCGAAGUAACAUCAGUACAAGUUUAGAACUUGUAAAUAAGGCACUGGAGGCGAAUGACAAAAAUGUGGAAGCGCUGUCGGUGCGCGGGAAUUUGGAAGUGAAAACAGAUGACUGGCUCAAAGCAAAGGAUACGUUUAAAAGCAUUCUUGAGAUUAAAGAUGGCAACGACAAUUAUGCCAUGCUGGCGCUUGGGAAUUGGAAUUACUAUGCGGCAACCAGAGGAGAGAAGAAGGUGCCUAAACUGGAGGCUACUCAUCUGGAAAAAGCUCGAGAUCUGUAUCAGAAAGUGCUGGGACUGCAAAUCAACAACAUGUAUGCUGCUAAUGGCAUUGGGGUUGUCUUAGCAGAAAAAGGAUUGUUUGAUAUAUCUAAGGAUAUCUUCACGCAAGUGCAGGAGGCAGCUACUGGUAACCUUGCCGUGGAUAUGCCUGACGUUUGGAUUAAUCUGGGGCACAUUUAUCUUGCUCAGGGCCAGUUUGGUCUUGCAGUGAAAAUGUACCUAAACUGCCUCAAAAGGUUUUAUCACAACACCGAUCACCAGAUCCUUUUGUAUUUGGCCCGUUGUCAUUAUGAGGCAGAACAAUGGCAAGAGUGCAAGCGGGUGUUGCUACGAGCCAUUCAUCUGGCUCCCUCAAAUUACAUGUUGCGAUUCGAUGUUGCUAUUGCUAUGCAGAAAUUCUCUACAGCAACUCUUCAGAAGGCCAAGCGAACGGCCGAUGAAGUGCGUCAGGCAGUAUUUGAGUUGAAAAAUGCAUUAAGGCUUUUUGGUCAGCUGGCAGGCGUCAAAGAUAAACAGGUACAUGGAUUUGAUGAGAAGAAAUUGGAUAUGCAUGGUGAGUACUGCAAACACCUUCUUGAUGCUGCGAAAGUGCACCUUGAAGCGGCUGAACGUGAGGAACAGCAGUUGCGACAGAAGCAAGAAGUGGCUCGUCAGCUUGCUAUGGCUCAGGAGGCGCGACGUAAAGCUGAGGAAGAGCGCAGGCUCCAGCUAGAAAAGAGACGGCGGGAUGCAGAGCAGCGCAUCGCAUUGCAAUUAGAAGAUAAACUGCAGCAAACCAAGGCCCUCUGGAACAAGAAAACCCAUGCAGUAAUAACUGACGAUGGGGAGGAUGGGGACAAGCCAGAAAAGAAGCCAAAGAAGAGGAGGAAGAAAGAAAAGAAGUCAACUGCCCCUGAUUCAGACGGAGAGGAGGGUCGCUAUAGCCCGCGGCAUUCUGAUGAUGAUGUUGAGGAUGUUCCUACCAGAUCUCAGGGAAAGAAGAAAAGACGGAGGCGGGCUGUAUCUGACUCUGAAGAGGAGGGCGAGAUGACACCAGCAGGAAGUCCUGUACAAUAUGUCGAUCAGCCUUCCGACCCUGAAGACGAUUAAAAAUUCAAACGAACACCAAGGAGGAAUUUGAGGACAGAUCUUGAGCCGAGGACUGGACUGGACGAAGCGCCGUUUGGAACAACUUUGUUCCGUUGUGUAAAUAGAGCAGGAUCAUGAAUCUUGCCUCAGCUGGUUCUAUUCCAGAGAGAGAAAGAUGUGCGUGACAUGAGGUAGAUAGCAGGGAAGUCUUCGGGCUAGUCUGUUGAGUAUCAAGACUCUCAUCCAGUGAGUAAUUGAUCAGUGCGUUCCAGUAGCAAGGACGUCAUUCUUUUGUAAAUUUGUCCACAUCUACCUUCAGUGAAUGCUUUCUAUAAUCUGAUUUCCCAAUUUGCACAGUA